CACAUAUUUAACGUUUUACUUGUGGGUUCAUUCUUUCCGGAACACAACCACAUACCACCGAAAAUAAUCGUCAUCUUUCCUGGAAUCAACCCGGAAUAUCACAUCACCACCGACAUCGCAGCUUGAGACAGAGAGUCUUAUUCCCUCAGCUGAAGCACGAAGAUGUCCUACCAUUCACGCUAUCCUCCGCGCGCUUCGCGGAGCGAUUAUCAACCGCCGCCGCGAGAUUACCGCAGUGAACGCGACUUGCGGGGCCGACAUGGCCAGCAGCCAGCGAGAGACGCCUAUCGGCCACGCUCAUAUGGCAACGGGAAUCAUCGUAAUGAUCACCAUUCCAAUACCUGGUCCCGAGAGACCCUACCACCGCCUCCUCCGUCCCUUCCCCCUCCACCACCUCCACCCAUUCCGUACCCUGGUCCGCCUGGCGGGGAUACUUACCGCCCGCCGCACGGCGACUUCACUUUUCGAAUGAAUAAACCGGCCGGUGUCCAGGAUGCCGAUAACUAUCGUCCUCAGAGCGGCCGGCAGCGCAACGAUCGUCGCAAGCCGUCCCCACGACGCGAUUCGCGAGCAGGCAACAGAAACCGCGGACCGCAUGACGGGUCAUUCGGACAUGGAAAUGGUCCCCGACCGUUUCCCAAUAAUAGGCUUGACCGAAGAUAUGGCGGGCGACCGUGGCGGCCGUUCAUCGCGGCCGAGCGUGAGCUGCUGAAGACGGACCUGAAUACCGGCGCAGAGGUUGCCUUCUUCGACGCUACAGGCGGUGCAACCUUCCGGUCCAUCGACGAAUUGUCUGAUAGUGACGAGGCUGAGAUGGACAUUUCUGGUGAUGAGGGUGGCGACGUGGAACCAGCACACAAGCGGGCGCGGCUGACCGUUGGACAAUCGGCCUCCGACAACAACACGCCCAAAUGGUCCAACCCCGACCCGUACACGGCUCUGCCACCUGAGGCGGCGCCGCAAGGGAAGAAGAAGGAUGUGGUGCAAAUGAUCCGCAAAGCCCGUGUUCAGACGAGAGAAACCAGGACCUCUUUACCUUCUGAGGCAGCUGAUUUCAUCUCUUUCGACUUGGACGACAGCGAGGUCUCCGACAAGGAGAAGGAGAAGGAGGAAGAGCCGGAGCCGGCAACAGACACCACGUCGCGGGUAGCCUUUGGGAUACCGCAUACGGACCUUCGCGUGCGCACGCGGGCGAUGACAAGCGGGUCAGAGCUGUUAGCACUUGACGUGAUGAAGGACGAUGAGGAGCUGCCUGAGGAAGUCGAUGGGCAGUCCGCAAGGUGUGAGAGGGUGCCCGUGCUUUAUCCGGAUCCCACGCCGGCCGCUUUGGGCACUCGGAAGCGGACCCACGAUGAUGAGAUUGUGCUGCCACAUGCAGCACUUAAGAAGGCUAUAAAGGACCAUGCCAAAGGCUCAAUCACGAAGGAAUGGGUGGCAGACCCCAAGUUGACCGCGACUCCGUGGAUGGUGGCAGACCACUCUCGGUCCGCGAGCAUGGCUGUGUGGCUGCACAAGGAAAUCGUGGACUUCUACGAGUACGUCCGGCCUCGGGACUUUGAGGAAGAUCUGCGUCGCCAGUUGGUCCAGGAUCUGAAGAAGUUCUGUCGUGGGGCGUUUAGAGACGCCGAAGUCUACCCCUUUGGUUCUUUCCCCUCUGGCCUCUACCUGCCCACAGCGGAUAUGGACCUGGCAUUCAUGUCGGACCAAUAUCUGCGGGGUGGUUUGCCCAAAUACCAUACCAAAAGUUUCCUCUAUCGGUUUAGGGGCCAGUUGACGUACCGCAAGAUCGCUUGGGAAAACGAGAUCGAGAUCAUUCCCGGUGCGAAAGUGCCGCUCGUCAAGUUCAUUGAGCACAAGACGGGCCUUAAGGUCGACGUGUCUUUUGAGAACAACACGGGUGUGACAGCCAUCAACACGUUCAAGGCAUGGCGAGAGCGGUAUCCCGGUAUGCCCACGCUCGUCACCUUGGUCAAGCACUUCCUCUUGAUGCGGGGCCUCAAUGAGCCCGUUAAUGGCGGCAUCGGCGGCUUUUCAGUCAUCUGCCUGGUGGUGAGUAUGUUGCAGAUGAUGCCCGAAGUCCAAAGCGGCAAUCUGGAUACCCGACACCAUCUCGGCCAACUUCUGCUGCACUUUUUCGACCUGUACGGCAACAGGUUUGACUACCAAACUAUCGCAAUAAGUACAAACCCACCGCAAUGGAUCCCCAAGCAUCAAGUAUCGGGUUUCCCGUAUAAGAACCACUCUCGGUUUUCCAUAAUCGACCCGAAUAACCCGGCGAACGACAUUGCAGGGGGUUCCAGCAACACUGGCACGAUUGUGUCGCAGUUCUCUCGGGCUCACGAGCAGCUCACCCAGCGCAUGACGCAACUUGCGCAGGAUCCCAAUCGCGCUGGUCAGAGCAUUCUUGAGGUCAUCCUGGGAGGAAACUACUCCAGUUUCGAGAACCAGCGAAACUACCUCGAGCUAUUGGCGCGAGAGGGUUACCGGCCAGGAGGCGAAGGCCGCCAAUCGUCCAACCAGUCGACUGGCCCUCGAGGGAAGCAUGUUCCCACGCCGCAGAGACCGCCUCGAGGGAAGAAUUCCAGGUCUCGGAAGAGGAGAUAAAUCAGCCCCACAGUUCGGAGUAUGAUAAUGAACGGUAGACGGAGUUUCGGCGUGCAUUCUU